CAAUAUUGCGUGGGAGUUGGUUGAUUUUCUUCAAUGGAGUAUGGUAUACGCUAAAGAUUUUGGAAGUAAGGAUAAGGAGCACCGUAUUUAUAAGACAUAUUUAGAAGCAAUUAAUAACAAUCCUAAUCUACUAGAGAAUUGUAAUAUUGGAGCAACCCAGGAGUCAGCAAGACGGGUAUUAAAUAAUUUUAAGGAAGAGGCAAAUUCGGAUAAAGUCACCAGUCUUUGGCAAAAUAGCUUGUCUUUCUUAAACAUGCUGAGAACGGCUGUGGAUCUUAAUACUAACAAGAUUCUUAAUCGAGUGUCUGAUUUACAUGACGAUGUUAGCCAGACAAUCUUUAACGUCACUAAAGAUAAAUUACGUUUUGAACAUAAACGAGCUCAUUUUUAUGAAGAAAACUCGCAAGAAUCACCACCAAAAAAGACCAAAGCUGACUAUAUUAAUGAUGAAAACACAGAUAACUUAGAAGAGCGUGACUCAGAAGAGAGUGGUAUAGAAGUUAAUGAUGCAAAAGAAUUUGAAGACCUUUCUCAGGACGAAAUAGAAAUUCGAAACAAGCUACUCAAAAUCUUAGUUUUCCGCCAAGAAAAAGAUAUAAAGUCCAGAAAAAAUUUUAUGACGUCAAUCCAUCUUAACAGAAUAUUAGAUUUUUCUGAAGAUGUGAUACACAAGCAGAUAAAAAAUUCUUUGGAUAUUAAUCAAUUUACUUGGCUUGAAGAAGUACUUCGGAGAAAAAGUUGGGAUCUAAUUCCUGAAUUUUCACAGUACAUUAAUCAAUUUACUGAGGAUGAAUGUAUCAGAGCUAAAAUUCCAACAAUUGUUCGCAAGUCCUGUAUUAUCAGAAGAUUUGAUCCUAGCUACUACGAGGCACAUGAUAUUGCCCAGCAAAUACUAACACACUUUCAUACAUCUACGAGUAGCUCUGUCCAUCUGGAAGCACCAAUUAGGGUUGAAUCAAAAAGCCUUGAUCUUGAAAGAAUGUAUGCUAUAGACACUACCGUAUACAUUUUAAAUCGACUGUUCAGAAUGCAUCAGGAUGUGUUGGAUGUCAGAUGGAUCGAGUUAACUACUCCUGACACAAAACAACAUAAGAUUGACAGGAUUUUUAAGAUAAUUAAGACAACGCAAAAAAGUCAAGCCAUAAUUAUUGUAGAGUUUUCAUUCGCUAGAAAGGCACCCGAAAUAAAAGAAGAUGAUGGCUACAUCAUCAUUAAGUAUUUAGUUCGACUUUUACCAUCAAUAUACAUACUUCAACAAUUUAUACGUAUAAAAAUACCAGUGUCAUUUGACGAUUUUGAGCAGUUUGCGAAAGAUAUGGUGGACUUGAUGAAUUGGCAGGCAGAUGUCCUGUCAACAAUUAAAGGAAUAAAUAAAUCCACAACUAAAGAUAACCAUAUUCAUACAACAACAGUACAGGAUACACUGGCAAAGGCAAAGAAAGCGGAAGAAUAA